AUGGCGCGCAUGGACGUGGCACUGUCGGCUGAUACCCGCUUGGCGGAAGAUUUAGUGAACGAGCACAGCUAUAAUUUUGAUUAUAAUCAGGAUCAACCCAAUCAAAACGAUGAUGAAGAGGAGUCGGAUGAUGGAUGGGUGCCAAUGGACAUCGAACCACCCGACGAGUACAAUGUCGCAAUCGAAUCCAACAUUGAACGACUCCGACAAGAAGCUGUGCGGAUCAACUGGAAGGACCUUGUGAAGGAUCUGCAUUCGGUUUACAUGGCUCAAAAGGUCCUGACGAAGAACUGGGCACACGACAAUGCUUAUACAGACCAUACCUCCUGCAACUGUAUCUCCGGCACGAAACAAGCUAUUGAUCUUGUUGAUAUAUACGGUCAACGACGCGCGAAUAUCAAAUUCUGUUCUUGCACAUCUGAUGCCGUACGUUUGGUCCAGAUGGGCUAUCUUCCAGGUUCACCAAUCCGGCCCGUCACGGCUUUUUCGCUACCUCUGCUUAUCCUCCACGAUUGCUUGUGGAACAACUGUAACAUUGGGGCCAUGCCGUUCACAAUUGCACUGAAGCAAUAUCUGGAACCGAGAUCGCAGCGGUUGACGGUGAAAAAUGCAAAGCAUGCUCGCGACUUGCGUAAGCCUUUCUCGGCCGCUGUUGACCUCUAUCGAGAACUCAAUGAUCGAACCGAAAACAUGAUCUCCAGAAUCAUGCGCUUGGACGACCAGACCAUUAUGGCCUGUCGGAGCUGUCCGGCUUGCUUCGGGCCUGCGCCGGAAAACCUACGAGAUUACACCCACUUGAAAGAGAACAAGCUGAUUGUUUGCCUUGAUGGUAACUUCCAACAUCGCCACCAUUCAAAAGCUAGCCGUGACUACGAACGAAUACACACUCCGAGCUUGUUCAUCGGUCAAAGCGAAGUGGAUGCAAUGACUGCUAAGAUCCGAGAUCUUGAGUUACGCAAAAAGCCACAAGACAAGAAAGACCGAUGUACGGAAGCUCAUAAGGCUGCUGACGACAAGCGUAACGAGUCAUCAUGGAAAGGUUGCGAUGAUACCGGGCUUAUGGGAUGUUGCUGUCGCCAUGAUGCUGCGAUAUAUGUGGCCAACAUCAAUAAGUCUGGGGAGCAAAGGUGUUUCCCGAUGGCACUGGUCAACAAAAUCAUCAAUAAUGUGGAGUCAGAUCGACAUGUUGGGAUCCUAUACGACAUAGGCUGCUCACUUGACAAGUUCAUGACUCUGCGUGGGUUACUCGAUGAUAAACGUAGCCAGCUUCAGUUUGGGACCUCGGUUUUCCAUGCCUACGUUCAUUCGUGGACAUGUCAGCUGGAUUACAAUCCCCGAUUGAACAAAGGAUGGGGGUUAUCCGAUGGGGAGGGACUUGAACAAAUGUGGUCCUAUCUAUCCCCAUUGGUCAGUCCUUUAAGAUACGCUACACGGAAUCACAGACUCGCGGCAAUCUCACACCGAUUAAAAUAUCACAACAACCGAGGCAUCAAACAACUUCCAAUAUGGCUCAAAAAGAAGUUCAUUGCGGCCGUUCGCCGCCGGGUGGAGACCAAAACCGUCUUGUUAGAACUUCUAGACAAACCCAAUCCGUUUUCGACGACCGGAGCUAAUUAUACGAAGCGAUUUUUCAAGGCACAAUGGCAAGAGCAACGCCGAUUCAAGGAAACACACACCGAAGAACAGGAAGAUCAUCGAGCGAAGUUGGUUGCGUUCUACAAACAUGAAGCUGCACUUGAGGCAAUGAGGUCUCGCCUGCGCAGCAAUCCAUCUCUUUAUCUCAAUGACGAACAGGACGUUCAUGAAUUUCUCGAUGAGAUAGAGGAGACUGCCGAGAAUCUCAAAAAGGCCGCCGAGGAAUUGGGCCGCACCGAGCAACUUGCUCCAAGUGAAGCAGAUGAGAAGGAGGCUCCUAUUCUCUGUGGGGGGGGAUGCCAAAUCGGAGUUAUAUGUACAAGCAGUGCAACUCUGGUUGAUCCAGAAGGCUAUACAAAACCGCCGAGGCCCGAUCAACAAACUCAUCACAAAGUUCAACAGCUGCUUGAGGCAUACGUGACCAAGUUCCCAAGACAACGAGUCACCAACACCGACAAUCAUCCACUCAAUUACAAGACAUUUGAAAGUAUGCCGAUUGACCAUCCGUUUUGGAAUGACGGAAUCUAUUAUCACUCAAAAGCCCCUUGGGCCAUUGAACCGGAUGUUCGGACUGGUAUCAGUUGCCUUCUGGUGCUUGGGAGGGUGGAUGAAGAGCUCGACUUGAUUACUCAAGAGAUUGAUCGAACUAUGGGAUGGGCAUCAUCGAUGUACAGCCGUCUGUCUGAAUAUAUCAUGUACAUCAGAGCUCGUGCAGUAAAGAUAGGCAAUGGGGUGGAACUUGCUGAAGAUCACAUCGACAAUAUGGAGUUCAGUAACUUUGACAGGUUACCAAAACUUAAAAUAAUCAACAAAGAGCUGCAGGUCCGUUUGUUUGAUCUCGGGGUAAUGUUACAAGAGUGGACCGAACCGAUAUCAUGGCUGUGCGCUUGUUGCCGACCGGAGCUACUUCGUUCAUCGUACAGAACGUGGAUCAAUCUACUUGGGGUCAUUGCCAACGAUCACAACGGUCGCAAUCGAGGAUCGAAGGGGAAAGAGCCAGAAGUUGUGAUUGAUAAUGUGGAAGAGGAUGCUAUCUUGGGGGUACACGUGGACGACGGGGAAGAAGUACAAGUACAGGAAGACGAACAGGCUGCUGGAAAUGCGGCCGACUCCUGGGAGGAUGUGGAGGAUGCUCAGAAUUGA